AGUUGAGUGAGCGCGUCUCUCUCUAAGCGUUGUAUUGUUGUUAUUAUUAUUUUUAAAAAAAUAAUAAUAAACACUGAGUUAUUAAAAAAAAAAAAAUUAUUUUUUUCCCCUAAUUGUGUUUAUGUGAUUUAAAUUUAAAUAUUAACUUUAUUUUGUGUGCAAAAUAUUAUAUUUAAAUGUGAUCAACAAAUUGUAUUAUUGUUUUUUCGAUUUAUAAGUGAAAAAGUUUAACCAAAAAAAGAGAGUUGAUUAACAGGUGUUUAAUUUAAAUAUAUAUUAUAUAAAAAUGUUGACAAUGAGGGUUGAAAGAAAUUGUACAUUAUUGAAAAAUAUUAAAAUGUUGUACACGUGUAUUAAUCCUCAAUCGUGAGCACACUUUUGAGUUAUAAUUAUUAUUUUUUUUUUUAUAAUCACGACUGUAAAUUCUUAUUUUUAUCAUCUUGUUUUUUUUUUUCUUAAGUGCUUUAUGGUGAUUCAGUUAGAUUAACCAGUUUUUUUCGGUUGAAAUAAAUGUAUAUUGAAUAGAAAAAAAAGAAAAAUAUAUCAUAUAGUUAAAAUUGGUGAAUAUUUGAGGAGACAAUUAGACAACAGUAUAUAAUAAUAAUGGAAGUUGUACGAUGUUGGGACCGUUGGGCGAGGCUUGUGGGGACCAUUUCAUUGUUCAUUUUAAUCAUUGGAAGUCUUGGUGAUGCAACAAAAAUGCGACAUUCGAGACAUUCUGAGCCACGACAAGAACAUCCUAAUAAUGAUAAAUCAGUGGCUAAAAAUGAUGGUCACAAUCACAAACCAGUUUUUACGAAUUGUAAUAAUUAUCAUCCUACUAUGAAAGAAGAAGAACGACCUGGUUAUGAAGUUAUACAAGUACAAGCUGUUGAUCCAGAUCCAAUAAAUCAAGGAGGAAAAAUAACAUACAGCUUGGAAAAAGAACCAUUGGAAAGACUUAAAUUUGAAAUAAAUAAUGUCACUGGAUGGAUUAGAACAACUCAAUUUUUUGAUAGAGACGAACCAUAUCGUGAAAAAGAAGCUUGGCUAACAGUCAUUGCAACAGACAAUGGAUUUUUUCGUCUGACUGAUGUAUGCUCCUUCAAAGUUAUAAUCGAGGACAUCAAUGAUAAUGCUCCAGUUUUUGACAGAGUGUCUUAUGAUGAAUCAGUGCCAAAAGAUUUACCAGUUGGUCGAAGAGUAAUGACACUAUCAGCAACAGAUAUUGAUGAUGGUAACAAGGCAGUUGUUAGAUUUAAUAUAUCAUCAUUACGACCAGAUGAAAAUGAUUAUUUUAAAGUAAAUCCAGAAACUGGUAUAAUAACACUGAAUAAAAAAAUAGAUAAAGAAGAAGGAUAUAAAUUUAAAUUAAUAGCAAGAGCAACUGAUCAAGGACAAGAACCAAAAUCUGAAGAAAUACGUUUGACAAUUGAAAUUGUUGAAUCAAAUAAAAAAUCACCAUCAUUUACACUUAUUGAGCCAAAUUCAACAAUAAGCAUUCAAGAAAAUUCUCAUGAUUUUGAUAAUAAUAUAAUAACACUACAAGCACAAUCAAAUAUUGAUGAUAAACCACGUGUAUUAUUUUCAUUGAUAAAUGGUGUUACUGAACCAAUGAAUAAACAUGGUACAUUUAAAUUAAAUUCAGAUGGUAAUACAGCACAUAUUAGAUUAGCACAAACACUUGAUUAUGGUAAAACAAAUGAAUAUACUUUACUUGUACGUGUUAUGAAUGAUCAUAAUUUAGGUGCUGAAACAAAAAUUCAUAUAAAUGUAUUAGAUGUUAAUGAUCAUUCACCAGUAUUUAAUGAUAUUAAAGUUGGUGGUGUAUUAGAAAAUGAACCAGAGGGUACAUUUGUAAUGCAAGUACGUGCAAGUGAUGCUGAUGGUACUGAAGAACAUAAUCAAAUAACAUAUAAACUUGGUAAUUAUGAUGAUUUAUUUAAAAUUGAUGAAAAAACAGGUAAUAUAACAACGCUAAAAGUAUUUGAUCGUGAAAGAGAAGGUAUUUAUGAUUUAAAAGUCAUUGCAACAGAUAGUUCACCAAGUGCAAAUUCAAAAACAGGUGAACAUAAUUAUUUAGAAAGUACAUUUAGAAUUGAAAUUGGUGAUAAAAAUGAUAAUCCACCACAUUUUAAUGAAUCAGUAUAUACAGCACGUUCAGUUGGUGAAAAUUCAAAUAAACAUAAAAUUGUUGUACAAGUACAUGCUAACGAUGAAGAUAUUGCAAGUCCAGUAACAUAUAGUAUUAUAUCUGGUAAUACUGCUGAUACAUUUUAUAUUGAAGCUGAAACUGGUAGAAUACGUGUUAAUAAUCCACCAGAUUAUGAAAAAUAUCCAUCAUAUAAUUUAACAGUACGUGCAUCUGAUGGUAAUGCUGAUGAUACAGCAACAGUUAGAAUAUUUAUUGAAAAUAUUAAUGAUAAUCCACCGGAAUUUGAAGAAUUUGAAAGAAAUCCAAUUAUUGAUGAAGAAUUUUUAUUUCAAGGUUGUUUAACAACAGUUAAAGCAUAUGAUCCAGAUGUUACUGAUCGUAGUGCUGAUCAACAUAUUGUUUAUUCAAUAAAAGAUAUUGAUCAACAGCCAUUAAUAUCAAUUGAUCAAUAUGGCUGUAUGAAAUUAAAAAAACCACUUGAUAGAGAUUUACCAAAUGGACGUUCAACAUGGGUUAUUAAUGUUAAAGCACGUGAUGAAGAUGGUGGUCCAAAUUCAAUACAAAGUCUUGUUGAAGUACAUAUUACACUAAAUGAUAUUAAUGAUAAUGCACCGUUUUUAGAUAUGAAAGAACCAGUUAUUUGGCGUGAAAAUAAAGAACCAGGUAAAAUAACAAAAUUACAAGCACGUGAUUAUGAUUCAGAUAAAAAUGGACCACCAUUUAAAUAUUAUAUUGAUAUUAAUCAAGAAAAUGAAGAUAUUAAUAAUAAAUUUACAAUUGCUGAUGGUUAUCUUUAUGCUAAAGUUAAAUUUGAUCGUGAAGAAAAAAAGAGUUAUAAUAUACCAAUAACAAUAAGUGAUGGUGGUGAACCAACAAUGACUGGUACAUCAACAUUAAUUGUUAUUAUUGGUGAUGAAAAUGAUAAUCCAAUGAAUGAAGGUUCAAGUUCAAUAUUUGUUUAUAAUUAUCGAGGUGAAUCACCAGAUACUGAUAUUGGACGUGUUUAUGUUGAUGAUAAAGAUGAUUGGGAUUUAGCUGAUAAAUAUUUUCAAUGGUAUAAUAAUGAUAAUCAGCCUGGAUUUGAUCUUAAUUCAAAUACUGGUAUGAUAACAAUGUUAUCUGGUACAAAAAGUGGUAAUUAUAUAUUAAAUUUUACUGUUACUGAAGCAAGUUUACUCAUUGAAAGUCAUACUGUUAAUGCACAAGUUAGUAUAACAAUUAAAGAUAUACCAGAAGAAGCUGUAUUACGAUCUGGAUCAAUACGUUUGUUAAAUAUAACACAAGAAGAAUUUAUAAUAAAAGAUAUUGAUACUAAAAAAAGUAUAAAAGAUCGUUUUCAAGAAGAAUAUGCUAAAAUACUUAAUAUUAGUGUUGAAAAUGUUGAUGUAUUUACAGUAUUACAUUCACCACAUAAUAAUCAAAAUAAAAGUUUAUUAGAUGUUAGAUUUUCAGCACAUGCUAGUCCAUAUUGGGCAUCAGAAAAAUUAAAUACAAUAUUAACUGAAAAUUAUGAUAAAUUAAGUGAUGAAUUAAAUGUUAAUAUAAUGCUUAUUAAUAUUGAUGAAUGUUUAUUUGAAAAAUUACAUUGUAAUAAUUCAUGUCGUAAUUAUUUAAAUAUAAGUACAGUACCAUAUUCUGUAUUUACAAAUACAAGUUCAUUUGUUGGUGUACGUGCUGUUGUUGAUCCAUUAUGUACAUGUCAUAUUGCUGAACCACCAGUAUGUUUAAAUGGUGGUACACCAUUAAAAGAUCGUUGUGAAUGUCCACCAAAUUUUGAUGGACCACAUUGUGAAUUACUUGGUAUUGGUUUUGAUGGUAAUGGUUGGUCAAUAAUGCCAUCACCAGGACAAGCAUGUGAUGAAUCACAUGUUGGUUUAGAAGUAACACCAUAUAAUAAAGAUGGUUUAAUAUUUUAUUUUGGACCAAUGUAUUUUAAUCCAUUAAUAAAUAUACAAGAUUUUAUGUCAUUAGAAAUACAAAAUGGUUUAGCUGUAUUAUAUGUUGAUUAUGGUACUGGUACUGUUAAACUUGAACACAAUGAAACAAUAUUAACUGAUGGUAAAAGUCAUAAAAUUGAUGUAUUAUGGACUAAAACAACUAUUGAAUUAAAAGUUGAUAAUUGUGGUACAUCAAUUUGUAUGAGAUUAACAGCACCAUUAGGAACAAAUGAAUUUUUAAAUGUCAAUAGUCCAAUACAAAUUGGUGGUAGUUUAACACAAUUUAAUGAAUUGAGACAACAUUAUUCAUGGAAUUAUACACCAACACAAAAAGGUUUUUCUGGUUGUAUUAAAAAUAUGACAAUUAAUGGCAAUACAUUAAAUCUUGGUAUGCCAUCAUAUCAUCAUAAUACUAAAUUAGGUUGUACACUUGAAACAAAUGCUGCUGCUAGUUUUGUUGUACGUUCUAAAUUUAUAUUGCCUUUACUAGCAUCUUUUCUAGGAUUGGCAUUAUUUAUAAUUGUUUUUGUUAUGAUAAAGAAAAAAGAUAAUGAUUUAUAUAAAGAUAUGGAUGAUAUAAGAGAAAAUAUUAUUAAUUAUGAGGAUGAAGGUGGUGGUGAAGUUGAUACUGGCUUUGAUUUAAAUGUACUUAGACGUAUUUAUGAUGAUCAACCAAUUGAUUCUAAAAUUGCACCAUCCAUACUUCAAGGAAGAGCUGCUGACGAAGUACCAGAUAUUUGUGGUUUUCUUGAUGGAAAAAAAGAGAGCUGUGACAAGGAUCCUGACACAAAUCCGUUUGAUGACGUCAGGCAUUAUGCAUACGAAGGAGAAGGAAAUUCAGAUGGUUCUUUGUCAUCAUUAGCAUCAUGCACUGACGAUGGAGAUCUCAAGUUCAAUUAUCUAUCAAAUUUCGGUCCGAGAUUUAGAAAAUUAGCUGACAUGUAUGGGGAGGAGCCAAGUGAUGAAGAGAGCGAUGGUGUUGAAGAACGUGAAAGUGAAAGUUGGUGUUAAUAAUGUCUGUGUGUGUCUACUAAACCAUACAAUUUUUUUUUCUUUUUUUUUCUACAAUGAGUAGAGUAUAUAUAUAUAAAUAAAUAUAUAACAAUUAAUCAUUCAAACUUUAUAUAAACCAGUGUAAUGUACUUAAACGAAUGAAGCAAGUUUCAAAAUAUUUGGUGAAGAAAAAAUUGAUAAAAUAAAAGGGAGUGUUGAUUGUGUUUUCGAUGUCAAUCGAUUACCUUUCGUAACGCCAAAGAACCAGAUUAACAAGAAAAAUCAGAGUAAAAAAAAAAGACAAAAUGAAGAUGAAGAAAUAAUAAAUAGAUAAAUAAAAUAACAAUCGUGAUAUGAUUAUUAGAAAAUUGAGAAAAUGACACGGAUAAAUAAUAUUGAUUCUAAGUAUUUUUUUUUUUUUUUUUUAAUUGUUGUGUAUAUGAGUGAUCAUAAAAAGAAGAUAUAAAAAAAUAAUUAAGCAAUGACAUAUCAUAUUUAAGAACACUUUUAUAAUUAAAAUCCAAUUAUAUUAAUUCAAUUUUUAAUAAAACCAAUUGAAAUUAUUAAAUCAUUGUACACUGACAUACUUAAUUAUGCACAAAUUUAUUUAUCAAUUAACUGGACUUUUUUUUGUUGUUGUUAUUUUUUUAACUUCAAUUUUUUUUUAAAUAAAAAAUUGUGCAGUAGCUGUCAGUGAUAUCAGCAUAUGUACAUUACGCAUAAAAAUGACUGAAUAACACAUAUUUUAUUUUGUUUAUCAAUUAAUUAAAAAUAAAAAAAAUUUAAAUAAUAUUAAUUUAAAAAAAAAAAAAAAGCUUUUUUGUUCUUUUUUUAUUAUAAAAAAAAUUUAUAAUUAAAAAAAAAAAAUGAAAUUAAAUAAUAAAUUGCAUUUUUAGUUUUGAAUAUUUGAAAUAUCAGACCUGAUAAAUGAAUAAUUAUUUUUUUAAUUUACUUAUAAAUUGCCAAGAGCAAUAUAUUGAUUAUUAUUUUCGAAAACAAUACGAGUGUUGGUUUAUAAAGUGCAAAUAUUUAAUAACACUUGAAUAAUGGUAUUUGACUUUGUAGAAUUUCUUGGUCGAUAAAUGUAUUAUAGCAUUUUCAAGUGUAAAACCAUGUCGACUCUUGGGUUAUGAUAAAUCAUUGAAUUCUAUUCUAUUCUGUUCAGUGAAUGUAACAGUGAAUGUGUGAUUGUUAAAAUGAUGAAUAAUUGAAAUGAAUAAAUAUAUACCAGUAAACAAUUUUAUUUAGAAAAAAAUAAAAUAGAUAAAUCAAAAAAAUAAAAAAUGUAUGUUUGCCUUGCGUUGUAUAUGAAAAAUUAAUUUAUAUAUAUAGAAUAAUUUAAAAAUGUAAUUAGCUAUUAUUAUUUUUUAAUAUUGAAUGAAUAAUUAUGACUCUUGUAUGUAUUUUAUUAUUGUUUAUGAAAGUUAAUAUUAAUUGAAUUUUUUAAUAUGAAAUUGUUUAUCAUCCAUGAGUGAGAUAAAAUAUGUUUGUUUAAAUAACGAAUAAAAAAUAUAAAUAACACCAAUUAAAUAUCAAUAUUCGAGGGUAUCAAUCAUGAACACCUGUGAAUUUUGAUAAUAAUAAAAAAAAAAAAAAAUAUUAACAGUAUAGAGAUUGAAUUGAAUUUUUAGAAAAAUAAAAAUUCUCGUUAGGCUUUGAUUUAUAUAACAUAAAUAAAAAUAAUUAAACUAUAAUAUUGUCGAAUAUUCGAAACAAUGAAAUGCUUAUUUUACGAUAAGCUCAAUUGAUCAAUUCACCAGUGUAUAUGCUUCCAUAAAUAAAGGACAAAGAAUGGUAAAAAAAAAAUAUAAAACAAUUUAAAAAAAUUGGUAGCUGCUUUUUUUUUUCGCUGAGGCAGCAUUUAACGUUUAUUUUUACGUUAAUAGAAACACAUUCGAAUGUUGAUUGUCGUUUCAUAUAUUAUAUAUAUUAAAUGUAAAAAAAAAAAAAUAUACUGCAAAUGUGAUGCAGAUGUAUUUAGAAAAAAAAAUAAACCAUAUAUAUAUAUUUCGAAAUAUUUAAUUUGUAAUAUUGUAGAAAUGAUAAGUUCAUUUUUAUUUUUUAAUUAAAAUAAUUAAGAUUUUUGUACAAAAUAAAUAAUUUCUGUCAUUUUUAUGUUUUAAAAAAUAUUAUAUUGACCAUCAUUUUACUUAUAAAUACUCAUUCAAUUGCCAAGUUGAGUGAAAAUAAAAGCAAAAAAAAAAAAACAAAAGCUUGGCUGGAUCAAAAAUAACAUUCCAAUUGUUU